CCGUUGCUUGAAACGUACGUUCACAUCCGUUCAGAAAUAUACCGCGAAAUAGUUACGAAUAAAUCGUGGUGCAUCAACUUUUUGUACUGUUGUGUGUCAGUGUUGUGAUUUGUACGUGUUAAUAAAUAAAUUUAUUUACUGUACCUGCGCUACAGAACCGGAUGUGAGGAGGUUGCCGACAUACCGGAAGAGGUCAAAUAUAGCAGCCCGCGGCAUGGGGUGGAGUUGCUGACAACUUUGCUACACAGCAAAAUGAAAUAAACAUGGAGUCACCAGUCAGAAUAUGUAUAGGUGCAGCUUUAGUAGUAAACUUACUACUGAUAACCAGCACGACAGUUACUGCAGACACACUGCCAAUCGAAACGACUUCUACAACAUUAAGAAAUGAGAGGAACCCAAGGUACGCAAAAACUAACGGCACAUCAUGGGUUGAAAAAACCAAAUCAAAAGUUCCCGAUGCAGCGCUCAAUGAGUUGAAUCCGAAAGAUUCAUCAAGCGAAGAAGAUACAGACAAAAAUGCUAAAUAUAAGGACCGAGGAAGGGUAAAAUAUAAUCUGCAAUCUAAAACGCCAACAGCUAGUCCUUUAAAGAGGGUAACCAAAGCUACUGAUGUUGUUAUAGUAACACCAACUCCAGAAGUAAGAAAACCUGCACAAAUAAUAGACAGCAUGCGGCAAUUUAAGAAAACAAAGAUACCUGCAGUAACAAUCAUAAGCAGCACUGAGCCGACUAAGCCAGCAAUACAGCAUGAUGAUGAAUAUGACGAUGAGGAAGAAGAUCUCGAUUCUUUCGAAAAGUUUACAUCAACUAAGUUUGAUGAUAGUAGUUUUUUCACUAUUCCAAGCUUUGACGAUGACGAUGACUACAGUACUAGAAAAUAUAAACACGGAUCAAAUAGACAUAAUAAACAUGACUACAUUACCCCGACUUUCAGUAGUUUUUCUGAUUUCUUUCCUAAAAGUGUUUAUAGUAUGAAUCACGAGGAGUCAUAUAAUUCGGAAUCAUACAUUGAUUUUGACUCUGAACUAACUACUCCCAAAAAUAAGUUUUUUGACACUAAACAUAAGCAAAUAUCAUCCAGUAUUGUCAAUAAGGUAGAUACAGUUGAAACUAAUAUGACAGCGUCCAAUGAGAUGGAUGUUGAUGACAUGAAGAAAGAUAAUAUGGGUUUUGAUAAAUUAAGUAAUAGUAGUUUACCUAGUAAUAAAUCAACUGUAUUUAUAAAAAAUACCAAAGAGAUACGUUACGUAGAUAAUGAUGAAGAGGGCACUGCUAAUAAAGGGCAAUCUGAUGUACACGGUACAAGUAUUUAUUAUGAGAUGACAGUAUUAUCCACUGAAACGUAUACGAAUAUUGAUAAAGAUAGUAAUGAUGAUGAUUGCGAUCAAAACGAACCGUCCAGAACUACAGUUAGUACGUCACUUAAUGAGGAGCUGGCUUCUAUUGAAGCUGUAAAGCCUUAUUUUGUAGAAAGUUCCACGAAACCUAGCGUUCUAGACUCCGAACCAAGUCCUGUUUCUAUAUCCACAGUAUCAUCUAAUUUCUUUCCUAGCAGCACACCUUUCACCGUGUACACUUCAGUAGGCCCAAUGCCACUUUCUACCCAAAAUAUAAUAUCUUCAACAGACACAGCUAAAAUAUACCCUAAUAGCUAUAGUAGAAAUCGAAAUUAUUCAAAACGAUUAAAUUUAUCUGGUACCAAAGAUUCUCCAAAUAGUGUGUUGUCUACAUUACAAACAGACCAGGUUUCUCCAAAUCAAGCAUACAGGCUACAAACUAGACGUUUUCACUUUACAACACCAAAAUCAAAACCGAUCUGGAUGGCCCCUAGACGAAAUGCAACGAAAAGGAUUCCUACGACAAUAUAUUCCGAACAUUUUGAUAUAAAGGACAAAAUAUCAUCUACCCAUAAACCAAAAUUACCGACAAGAACUGUUUUGACUACUCAAUCAUCAGAACAAAUAGACCCUGUAUUGCAGAGUGACGUUAGUAGUUCGCAAAAGACUGUGUAUUCGCCAUCUAUAUCAGAUAAUACUAUACCAUCGUUAUGGAAAAGAGGCUCUGUGAAAUUUGGCACGUCAACUGCUAGCUCCGCUGAAAGGAAUACUGAAAGUGGAAUAAGUGAUUUGGAGAUUCCACCAACUUUAACAGCAUGGGCAUUAGCCAGCAUGAGAAGCCCUCCAUCGUUGUCCAGCCCUACAGUGAAUGCUACUGGAUUGAAUCAGAAAAAUGUGGAUGAAAACGAAUUACAGAAGGUCGGAGAACUUGUGGACAAAAAAGAAACUACCACAAUUUCAUCAAUGACAUCUUCUACUCUAGCUGUUAGUGAUUACUUAACAAAAAAUAUUUCUGAAAUAUACCAAAAUCGAUUACCGUGGAAACCAUUAUCUCCUACAUCAGCUUCUGUAGAAACUAAUGAUAAACCUGGUGAAACAAAUUCAGAGAGAGUUCCUGCUGAAAGUAAUAUCUCCAUUCAAAGUAGUCAAGAGCCACCUAGUAAUGAGCCAAUAAAGACUAAAUCUACAGAAAGUUCUUUAAAUGAUUUAAAACAUUCCUGGUUUCCUGUCACAAACGCCCAUAACCAGGUUACUGUAAAUGAAAUAAAAGAAACUUCAGAUAUGAAAGUCAUUCCACCGGUUGAUACAAUUAAGUCAACUGGCUUUGAAUCUAUAACGAAACUACCUGCAGAAAUAACUACACCUACAGAUGACACAGUGGCUCCUUCAGAAGAGAAGAAGGAAACGACGACUGAUUAUGAAAUUACUACGAUUAGAUUUUCUUAUGUUCCAACUGAAGAAUCGAUUGAAAAUACUGCACCUGUAGAAAAUACGGAUUGGCAUCCAGUUUUCCCAACUCGAACACGUACCACAACUGAAGGACAAAAUGAAAUAACUACAUAUAGACCAAAAUAUGUGACCACUACUGAAUUAUAUGAAGAAACAACUGCCACAAUUAUUGAGAGUACACCUCAGGUAGAGGUGACCUCGCAGAUAGUAGAAAAUUCUUCUCAAAAAGAAAGAUUUGUAACAACUGUAAUGCCCAUAACUACCACGACUUCCACAACAUUGCCUAAGAUAAAUACCCCCACGACUAUGACUAAAGUACUUUCCACGACUGAGCUGGAAGAGGAAACAUCAGAACCUACUAGUGAGUCUACAACUUAUAUUACCACAUCAAUAGAAAAUAGUACAGAAAUUCACACGAAGACUAAAGCAGAACUUGAGGCAACUACGCCGAUGGAAACAAGUACGAUUAUAGUUACUGUCGCCACAGAGAUAAACUCGGAGAGAGCUCCAGUCACGUAUAUACACAAUGAAGUAACAGAGUCAUUCGAAGUGGAAACUAGUAAAUCGUCAGAAGAAAACAGCAAUAGCAAUGAGGUUGUAGACGAAAAAACCAAAGUCCCACAAACAACUACUGAAGGUAUUACGAAAAUCGAAAGAGUAGUUACUACAAUAGAAGUUCGGUAUCCAACAACGUCAGCUCGAACAACGACUGAGGCAGAAACUACCACCCACAAAGAAGAUGAAAUCGAAACGACUACUUAUGAAGACACAAUAGAUGAAACAACUAAAUCUGUGAACGAUUUAGAAGAUCUCACGAGUUAUGCAGAAGAUGUGACUACGGAGGCAUCAUCGAGGGUGUUGGAACAAGAGGCUGGAACUGGUGCUGCCAUCGCAAUUGCUGUCAGUACGAUCGGCGUGAUCGCUCUCGUACUACUAGUUGGAUUAUUGUUGGUGGUACGUCGUCGCGGACGUCGCGGCGUUUACGCCCAGCGCUGCACGCCAGUGUCACUAGACGCUUACAGCCUAGACAGCGUCAGCGUUGGUCACAGAAAAGGCAACCACCGUCUGCGGGCCAGCAAGAGGAGCUACGGGAACCCUGCCUAUGAUGACGAGGUUACCUCGCAUCCAAUGCAGUAUCCAGCACUCGCAAACUUCGCUCUAGACUUAGACUCCAUAACCGCGGAGUUUUCCGAAAUACCCUCAGUGUCUGUACGCCCGGACGAGGUGCCCCCAGGAUGCGAGGACAAGAACCGAUACUCCAAUGUCCUGCCCCUACCGGAGACCAGGGUGCCGUUGCGAAGAAUCGGCAAUGACCUAACUACAGAGUAUAUAAAUGCUAACUAUGUUACGGGGCCAGGUAACAUCCGCAAUUACUACAUCGCAUGCCAGGCACCGCUGCACAACACGGUCGUGGACUUCUGGCGAAUGAUCUGGGAGCAGAACUCGAGGGUCCUCGUCAUGCUCACCGAAUACAUGGAGAACGGAGUUGAAAAAUGCUAUGAAUAUCUUCCACCAUCUGAAAUAUCGGACAACAGGCGGACUUUUGGAGAGUUCCAAAUCAUCCUCAAGAAACGAGAGCAGAGGGAUAAGUACGCGAUAUCCAGCAUUCAGCUCAUAAACCUGAUGACCAGGACCUGGCGGGAGGUGACGCAGCUGUGGUACUUCUGGCCAGCGAAGGGGGUGCCUGAGGAUUACGACUCUAUAAUCGACUUCCUGUCCGAAAUGAGGAGUUAUAUGAAAGUGUCACAAACAGCUAAGGAGUAUGAUGAAGAAGGAGUGGAAGUAAUAUACCAAGACCAGAGCCGUUCAUCCUACCACAACCUGUCCAAACUCCGCAGCGACGAGAACGGCUCCAGUAACGGCAUCAACGUAUACUCGCCCGCCAAGGCCGAGGAAAUGAUGAAAAGGGGUACCACCACUAAUGGGACUCUGGGUAGAAUGAAAGCGGCCUCAGAAAUUGAAGGAGUACGUCCCUGCGUGAUGGUUUGCGCGUCAGGAGCCGGUCGCUCAGCCGCCAUGAUCGCUGCGGACCUGUGCGCCCGCGCACUUGCUUCCGGGCAGGCGGAUGUCCCGCGGAUCGUCCGGCGGUUGCGGGACCAGCGACCGCACUCGCUCUCUAAUAGACACCACUACAUAUUCCUCUAUAAGUUGCUAAGUGAAUAUGGCAAUCGACUUAUGGGCGGAGGAGUCGACACGAUUUGAAAACUGAAAAAAGACUCAACCCAUGUUACAUGAGUAACUAAAUAACUUAUGAUGAUAGACUUAACACAUCUGUUAGUUUUUCUACAUACAUAAAUAAAAUC